AUGACUACGACCGCGACCGCGACCACGACCACGACCACCACGGGGUGGCUGGGUAUGAUAUCCUCGACCUCUCCCUCGCACAUUAUGAUGCCCAGUUCAACCUGUUUCCUGGACAGACGAAAACUCAAUCCCAGCAGCAAACUCCAAGGGAAUUUCAGGCGGGGCCAAAUUACAUUCAUGACCCCGCCGGCAUCAUCGGCCGCCGCCGUGCCGGCGAAAGAGGAGAGCCAACAGGAGCACGGCGGUGCGUUGUCAGGGGAUUCGUUUAUUCGACCUCAUCUCCGCAAACUGUCCCCUUAUCAGCCCAUUCUACCUUUCGAGGUGUUGUCUACUCGUCUUGGUAGGAAGCCCGAAGAGAUUAUCAAAUUAGAUGCUAAUGAAAAUCCAUAUGGUCCGCCGCCAGAGGUAUUUGAAGCCUUGGGUUCCAUGAAGUUCCCUUAUAUCUAUCCUGAUCCUGAAAGCCGUAGAUUACGAGCUGCACUUGCUCAAGAUUCUGGUCUUGAAGCUGAAUAUAUUCUUGCGGGUUGUGGAGCAGAUGAGCUUAUUGAUUUGAUAAUGCGAUGUGUUUUGGAUCCCGGUGACAAAAUUGUUGAUUGUCCACCGACUUUUACAAUGUAUGAGUUUGAUGCUGCUGUUAAUGGGGCACUUGUUAUCAAGGUUCUUCGGAAGCCCGACUUCAGUUUGGAUGUGGAUAGAAUAACUGAAGUUGUUGAGCGGGAGAAGCCUAAGUGUAUAUUCCUGACUUCACCUAAUAAUCCGGAUGGAAGCAUUAUUGACGAUGAAACACUUAUCAAGAUACUUAAUCUUCCAAUAUUAGUGGUUCUGGAUGAAGCUUAUAUUGAAUUUGCGGGACUCGAGUCUAAGAUGAAAUGGGUGAAGAAGUAUGAGAAUCUUAUUGUGCUGCGGACAUUUAGCAAGAGAGCUGCUUUGGCGGGACUUCGAGUUGGAUAUGGAGCAUUUCCAUUGAGCCUUAUCGAGUACCUAUGGAGGGCUAAGCAACCAUAUAACGUGUCUGUAGCUGCUGAAAUUGCGGCUUGUGCAGCACUAGAGAAUCCUGCCUAUCUAGAGAAAGUGAAAGAAGCUUUGGUUCUAGAACGAAAGAGGCUUUUCAAGCUUUUGAAAGAAGUACCAUUCCUUAAUCCGUAUCCAAGCUACUCGAAUUUCAUUCUAUGUGAGGUCACAUCCGGAAGAGAUGCUAAGAAGUUGAAGGAAGACCUCGCGAAAAUGGGAUUGAUGAUUCGUCACUACAGCAACAAAGAAUUAGCUGGUUACGUUCGCGUGUCAGUGGGAAAGCCUGAGCAUACAGAUGCUUUAAUGGAAGGCCUCAAGCGCCUUUAUUAA